AUGGUGUCCCGCCGGUUCAGCCGUCGCCUGAUUGUAGUUGCAACCGUCGUUGCGCUCAUCUUCCUCUACAAUAUCGGCUUCCUCUCCAGUCACAAUCGCCAAUGGCGCCCUCACUUCACACCUACGCCGGAAAUCACCCCGGCCCUCGAUGAGAAUGGUGAACCAACCACAUACUGCCCACCCCUACCCGGCGUCGAAGAUGUGCUCGUGGUAAUGAAGACCGGAGUGACCGAAUCGCGCGAGAAAGUCCCCAUCCACUUCCGAACAACCCUACGAUGCAUCCCCCACUUUGUAAUCUACUCCGACUUCGCCGAAGAAAUCGAGGGCGUCCAGAUCCACGAUGUCCUCGGCAACAUGGACAGCGCCGCAAAGAAAAACCCGGACUUUGACUUCUACCACCGCAUCGUGAAAUACGGCCGCAAGGGUCUGGAGCAACACGAUUUCUCCGACGAAGCCAACUCCGCCAUCGGAAAACCCAACAAUCCAGGCUGGAAGCUUGACAAAUGGAAAUUCCUCCCGAUGGCCCAGGAAGCGCUCCGCUACAAGCCGGACGCGAAAUGGUUCAUCUUCGUCGAAGCGGACACGUACAUCUCAUGGCCAACAGUCCUAACCUGGCUGGCCCGGUUCGACCACACCAAGCCACACUAUCUCGGCACGGAGACUCAGAUCGCGGACGUCAUCUUCGCCCACGGUGGCUCGGGCUUCAUGCUCUCCAAUCCCGCCCUACAGCGCGCCUCCGACGAGUACACCGCCCGCGAGGUCGAGCUGAACGAAUAUACAGACCAGCACUGGGCCGGCGACUGCGUGCUGGGUAAGGUCCUCAGCGACGCAGGCGUCAAUCUACACUUUACAUGGCCGAUCCUUCAAAACUCCAACCUCGGCGAACUGGACGAGUUCACCACGGACUUCUACCGAAGACCAUGGUGUUUCAUCGCCGCAACCCUGCACCACCUCUCCCCAACCGAGAUCGAGAGCCUCUGGAAAUUCGAACAAAAGCGCUGGCGUGAUAAAAAUAAACGCAUCCUCCUGCACAGCGACCUCUUCCGCGAAUACAUAGCCCCGCAAAUAGAAGCACAACCCGCACGUACGAACUGGAACAACAUGGCAGACGAAGAACAGCCCUUCGCGCACACACCCGACGACUGUCGCUUGAUCUGCGAGACGCAGACCACUUGCGUGCAAUUUGCCUUCCGCGAAGAUAAAUGCUUCACGAGUCUCAACCCGCGUCUCGGACAUGCCGUUCCGGGCGGUGUUGCGACGUCCGGCUGGAAUACUAGUCGGAUCCGCGAUAUGACGGCGAAGAAGGGAGUUUGUCGGAAGCCUGAUUUCGGGGAUUGA